UAUGCUCUCCCUCGUCCCCCACCCUGCCAAGCGUGCACGAUUGCGCUCUCUCAACACUCCUACAGCUCCAUCUCCAUCACUAUCACCAUCGCCUGUGAUUAUCAUAUCCCAUUCUCCUCUUGCUGCGUUCCCCAGCCUCGCUACAACCGCAGCCGCGCAUUGUUCCGUGUGUUUCCCUCUUUCUCUCGAUUAUCCACAAUGGCCGCGUCGGCAGCUUCCACUGCUCUCACCGUGUCCGGGUCCACUAGCCUGGACAUGUCCACGUUGUCCAGCAAGUCCGCCUUCGGCAGCAGCUGCAGUGCGAUGCAGGCGGCCCCAGUGAGUAGGCGCGCCGUCCGCUCGGGCGUCGUCAUGGCCAGCGUCGGGUCCGAGGAGGCCAAGCCUGCGAGGCGCGAGGUGCUGGCCGGCAUCUUGGCCGCGGGAGCGGCGCUGGGAUUCUCGGGUCAGGCGAACGCUGCAAUGAACCCAGUGGCCGCAGCCAAGAGCAAGGCGGGUCAGGCAGUGCAGGGCGCCAAGGACCUGGCGGGAAGCAACCCUCUGGAGGGCGUGGUUGGCUCGAACCCCCUGGGUGACGCGCAGAGCACGGUGGAGGAGGCGGCGUCGGGCAUCAAGGGCCGCAUCGACGGACUGUUCGGCAAGGACAAGCCGUACCCGAAGAGGAACACGCAGGUGACGGGCAAGGGCCCCGUCGCGGACGCCAAGGCACGAGUGGGCAACUUCCUGGACAACUCGCAGAACCCGUUGGCCACCAACAUCGAGAAGGCAGCGAAGGAGGCGGAGUCCGGUCUGGCUGUAGCGACGGGGCCCAACUCCCCGAGCGCACGAGCGGGCAAGGAGUUUCUGGGACAAGACAGCACGCGCGUGGACGAGGCGACUGUCAGGGUGAACGCGGGCGCGGAGAAGCUGCAGGGCAAGGCCGUGCAGGCGGUGGAUGAUGUGAAGAGCGCAGUGGGCGCUGCCAAGGACGCCGCACCGGAUGUGAAGGUGGAGGCGCCUGGGUCCGGGUUGCUGAAGUCGUUCGGGAGCAAGGUGGACGCUGUGAAGGGGAAUGUCGCCUCCAUGGCGGAGGACGCCAAGAGCACUGCCGGCGGCGCUGCGUCCAACGUGCUCGGCCAGUAAGAAUGGCAAUCGUUGUAGAGAUAAUCGAACUUGUCGACAUCUAUUUCUUUGAGGAGAUGCAGGAUUGGUGAGGUCAUGGGUGGAGGCUGUUUCGCUCAUGGGCAGCUUAUUCCCUGGUGUGUACAGAUGCUUGUGAUUUGUGACACGAAUUCGGUUUGAAGUCAUCGAGGAACCUCGAUGCUUUGGGAGUUGCUAUUGUUUUUGCUGGAGGUGAAUUGUACCAGUAAGCAUCAGAUGUAUUUGUAGAAGAAUUAAUGGCAAACAAUUGGCAGUGUGACCAAUUGCUUCUGAUAUCCCGUA